CAGUUUCCAAUAUUUGGGCUUACAAGUGGGGCCUCCAAGUACUGUGAAGACAGAACUAGUCAUUAUGAGAGACCCGGAUAAUCUAAUGCUGAGGCAUGUACUGCUUAGUAUAGCAAAAGCCAUCGUGUUCUAUGUCUGCCCCCUAUCUCAGAUAGUUGCUGUCAUAUGACACCCAAUCAUCAACACAGAAAAUCAACUUGACUCAGAGGAAAGUCAUGAUGUCCACAUCCUGUUCUGUUCUGUUCAAUGUUUGUUAAUCUUACAAUGGUCCAUAAACCCUUCCAUGGGACCCCUCAAAUUAAGGGUCAAUAUGCACUGUUAUAUCUAAAAUGGCUUGAUCAGAACUGACCACUGGAUAGUUCCUUAACUUUAAAAGAACUAAUUGUGCUUUUUCAUUUGUUUUUGUUUUUUGGUUUUUUUUUUUUUUGGUGUUUGGUUCUUGGUUUUUUUUUUUUUUUUUUGGUCUUUAUACCUUAACAAAGAUUGAUAUUGGGGGCCCUAGUUCAACCCCCAAAACUUGAGCUAUGGUUCUGAUCAAUCAACUUAGGGUCUGCAUUUAACGAAUGGUUCAUAUUUGACUGAGAUUGUUUUUUGUGUGGUUUGUGGGGCCAAUCAUGAACCCAAAUACAAGAUGCUAGGCCCUUGCUCUGUAAACUAACCUAUGUCUAUUGUAUUUCCCUAUAUCUUCUGUCUGCACAUCUGCACCUCUGUUGAAUAUACUAUUUACUUCAUACAGAAUCUCAUGGUAUCUCUCAGAGAGGGCUGUAAGCAAUACUGCUGGGUGAGUUUGCUGCAGUGAGGAAAGCCCCCCCCACCCCCCACCCCCCCACCCCCGCACAAUCUGAGGGCCUCUCAUUGGUGGCUCCAAUAUUUCAGUUUCCUCUGCCAACAGAUCUCUAGACUGUUGUCAGAAGCAUGAUGACUGCAUGAUGACUGCAUGUCUCCCUCCUAAGGGAUCUUGGGGCAAAUUUAAAUGCUAAGCACAAAGCUUCAUGAGUGUGGCCCCUAACACACACCCACACUGCAACUGGCCCUGCAGGCACAGCCUGGAUGAGAUUUCAUGCACCUGUACAUGAUGAGACAGGAGUAGAUUUUGGCUGCAUAUUCGUACUGGUAUGAUUUCUCAGUAGUUUUUUAAUGGUUCAUAUUGCUGAUUGAGGAAAAUUUAAGGUAGGAUGAGACAUUUCUGAGAGGGGUUUGGAAAGGAAACACAGAGUUAGAUACAUAGGAAUUACUUAGGUGUUGCCAAUCAAGCCUAGAGCAAACCCUGGCUUUGGAAGGAGGAUGUGCUCAAUGGCUAUGCCCCAGGAAAGGGCAGCUCAGCUUCCUGUCAGUACAGGGAGAACAUUAGCAGGGAACCAAAGGCUGUAUGUAGUCCAUGAUAUCAGCAGUCCCUUCCUGGACAUUCUAUUGUCUCCUGGAGAGUUCUUAGCAACCUCUGUGAUGUCACCAGUGUUGUAGUGACAACAAACUCACUGAGAUUUCUCAGUCAGAGGCUGGACAUUGCAGUGAUGGCCUUGUUUGCCCAACUCUGCAGACUUUUUCAGAGAGCCAAUGUGGAUGGGAGAGAGACCAGAGAGGGGAGGAAGGAUGCUGACCUUCCAUCUGAGAGUAAUGAAGGACGAAGGAGGUGGACUUGGCGAAUGUGGAUGGCUCUCAGACAGACAUCAUCCCCUGUACCUGUCAUAAGCAAGAAGCAGUUUGAGAAGGAAGAGAAAAAGCUGAUCAAAGAGAUCCAGCUCACUACCGAGGAGACAAAUGAGCUGAGAGAUCGCCUGAUCUACGUGACCGAGGGAUCCAUGAACAAGAGUAACCUGCACAGCCGGCUCCUGAUGGAGGAGAAUCUUAUAAAGAAGAAGUCUAUGACAUUGCAGCAGGAGAGCAAGGAAGUACAGGCUGAUUGGGCCAUCAUUCACCAACGUUUGGUGGAAUUGAACCUGAGUGGUAAAGACGAACAGGAGGAGAACAGCAAUCUUGAGACUCCAGAAUAUCAGGUCUCAGAAACUGCAAGAGAGCUGGGAUUGGCCACAGCUGAAGAAGACAGCAUCCUGCAGAAUGAGUUGCCAGGCCAGGAGGCCCCUGCUGAGCACCAUCUCCAGCACCCACAAUCUUCCUCGGAUGAAUCUUCUUCCAUAUAAUUCAUUUUCUUAGGGUGAAUAGGCCUUUACUAGGAAGCCAUGGCUGAUUCAGGGCAUUGUUCCCUUUUCUCUUCAGACAACAACUCUUGGCAGAGAACUGAGGUGACUGCACUGCCACCAAGUGUCCAAGAGGAGCAGCAGGCUGGAGGGCUGUGCUGCUAAAAGUGCAGAAAAAGCUGAACAAUAAUUUUCUGUUUGGUUUUUGUUCUUUGAGUGUUGAUAUGUUAUUUAGAAGUUAUAUGUUCUUGUUCUUGUAUUUCAUUG